GUAGAAAUAGAUACCUGCAAAUGCCGGCCCGCUGCCACCCAGCUCGUUCGAAUGGGUCUGUUCCCCUGCGCCCCGUAUCGCCCCAAUCUCGCUGUCGAUGUCGGUCUUCUUGAAUUUGUUCGCGUUCUCUUUCUGCAUAUCUCCCCGAACGUCAAAGCGUGGUGCAAGGCCUCUGAGAUCUACCUGCUCGGGCGCGGCCACAAAAUUACCUAUUCAGUCAGUACUUUACCUGCCCCGUCUCGGCGUCGCUGA